UAUAAUGUGUUUCUUUAACAAAAUUGUGAACUGAAAUCGUAAGAACUACGUUAUUUCUCAAGCUUUUGGAAAAUAGAAUGCAACCGAUCCAUAAGAACCAUAACAACCGUAGAAUGUGUGAUGUAUAAAGAAUCCGAAUCCCCUCCUCUGGCUUAAGACACGUGCAUAAAUAAAACUCUUCAAAACUGACCAAGUAGAACACUUGGAACCAAACCGAAACCCAGAAAAUAGCACCAAUGUCAGAGCCCCCAAACCCAAAACCCAGGCUUGUAAUCUGCGUAGGCGACAUCCACGGCUUCAUAACGAAGCUGAAUAAUCUAUGGUCGAAUCUCGAACGCAGCAUCGAAAGAUCAGAAUUCGAAACGGCCACCGUAAUCUUCCUCGGCGACUACUGCGACCGCGGUCCCGACACCCGCCUCGUCAUCGAUUUCCUCGUGGCGUUGCCCUCCCGUUACCCGCGGCAGAAGCACGUCUUCCUCUCCGGCAACCACGACCUGGCCUUCGCCGCCUUCCUCCACCUCCUGCCGCCACCUCCGGACGGGUCGCCGUUCUCGGAUGGGUGGAAGGAGUACUCGGCUAGCGAGGAACGUGAAGGGUGGUUCAGUGGUGAGGGGUUCGAGAAUAUGCACCUGCAAGGUCGAAGGUGGAGUGGUAAGAUAAAGGAGAGGUUUAACACUGUCAAGGGGACGGAAUAUCAAGGGUCGAUUUACGACGCUGGGCCAACCUUUGAAUCCUAUGGAGUUCCCCAUGGUUCCGCUGAUUUGGUUAAGGCUGUUCCUGAUGAGCAUAAGAAAUUUCUGACUGAUUUGGUUUGGGUCCAUGAAGAGGACGAUGUCUUCAUUAACACUGAAGAUGGAAGCAAGUGCUGCAAGUUGAUUGCUGUUCAUGCUGGUUUGCAGAAAAAAGUAGAUGUGAAAGAGCAGUUAAAACUUUUGAAAGCUCGAGAUACUCGGGUGCCUAAGGUGGAGGCUCUAAGUGGGAGAAAGACUGUGUGGGAUAUUCCAGAGGAACUAACUACAAGUCCAACCAUCAUUGUGAGUGGUCACCAUGCCAAACUUCAUAUAGAAGGCUUAAGGCUGAUCAUUGAUGAAGGUGGCGGAUUUAAAGAUAAACCAGUGGCUGCAAUUAUUCUUCCUUCACAGAAGAUUAUUCGUGAUACAGAUGUAUUAGCAGAAUAGUUUGAUACUUCUGAUAUUUUUGCUUGCAUAUGGCGUAGUCAAGUUGUUAAGCUUUAGAUCUCAUGAGCAUUUAGAGAUGAGAUAUUUUGUGUUGAUCUGAAAUUUAGGUGGUUAAUAAAACAUGGAACUAUUCCUUUCCCCAAUCCUAUGGAUCUUAAUCUUUCAUUUUACUGCUUAACAACAAUGAUUCUUCUCUUUCUUUCUGAGUGAACUGAUUAGGUUGGUGAGAUUUUUCUGUGUGGGAUUCUAUAUCUACCCGUGGAUCAUGUAUGGAAGAGGAAACAAAAUAUACAUUUCAUCAUACCUUAAUUAUUUUUA